CUUGCGCAAUAUGUUUUGCACGGCCCUGGCUGCUGGUCGUGUCUGUCUGGUUGUUGUUGUUGUUGUCACAGUAAAGGGAGCAAAAGAAAUAAAGAAGUUAACACAACCCCGGACCUGAGGUUACUGGGUGAGCCCCUCCCUGCCAUGAGCGCUGACCACCAGGUCGCCAGCCCCCCCUCCUUCUGCAGUUGAUGGAUCUGCAGCUGGUCCAGAGAUGACAGACAGCGUCAGGGCCUUCCUCCGCAAUGUUGCGACGGGGAUCAAGGACUCCAUAUUGGGGAUUGGAACAAUCUCCAAGCUGGAUGCCCGCAUCCAGCAGAAAAGGGAUGAGCAGCGGAGGAGAAGGGCCAGCGGGGCCCUGGCACAGAGACGGGCACAGAGUGAGGAGCGCAAACCGGACAAUGACCCCAAAGUAGCCAGCAGGAUCUUUCAGUGCUGUGCCUGGAACGGAGGAGUGUUCUGGCUCAGUCUGUUUCUCUUCUACCGGGUGUUUAUCCCACUGCUGCAGACUCUCACAGCAAAAAUUAUCGGUGACCCCUCCCUCCAUGGCAGUGUGUGGUCCUGGUUAGAGUUCAUCCUGACCUCCGUCUUCAGUGCCCUCUGGGUUCUCCCUCUGUUCGUCCUCAGCAAGAUAGUCAACGCCAUCUGGUUCCAGGAUAUAGCAGACUUAGCAUUUGAAGUGUCUGGAUGUAAAGCGCAGCCGUUUCCCAGCGUCAGUAAGAUCAUCGCAGACAUGCUCUUCAACCUUCUUCUCCAGGCGCUCUUCCUCAUUCAGGGCAUGAUUGUUAGCCUCUUCCCCAUCGAUGCCAUUGGACAGAUGGUUAGCCUCCUCCACAUGUCGCUGCUCUACUCCCUGUACUGCUUUGAGUACCGCUGGUUCAACCAUGGCAUUGAGAUGCACCAACGGCUGUCCAAUAUUGAGAGGAACUGGCCCUAUUACUUCGGCUUUGGUUUGCCCAUGGCUCUGCUGACCGCCCUGCCCUCCUCAUACAUCAUCAGUGGCUGCUUGUUCUCCAUCCUCUUCCCUCUAUUCAUCAUCAGCGCUAAUGAGGCCAAGACGCCAUCAAAGCUGUACCACUUCCAGCUACGUCUCUUCUCCCUGGUCGUUCUGAUCAGCAACAAGCUUUUCCACAAGACGGUCCACCUGCAGUCCUCCAUGACUUCGUCCACCUCCUCAGAGAGGCUGUCGUCCCCCCACACCUCCCCGACCCGCCAGAGACCCCUCCCCUCCCAGUGAUGGAUCCCCUCGAAGGACACAGGAAAAGCACCCAGUGUGAAAAAGUGAUUCUUCCAGACGGAUUUCCUUAAUUGAAGAUGAUAUGUGGUGUAGGACAAAGGGUUUACAUGUUUUUAUCUAAUCUCUAUCCCUUUGGUUAUUCAUUUGCAGAACACACCAGACACAUUUUCAGUGUGACACAAAAAAAAUCGACUGCCCCGUGCCUCACACUCAAAACAGAUUAAAUACUAAGCUCUUGACUUGUUUUCUUUUUUUAAUUUUCUUUUCUUUCAUUUUUUUUUGUAUAAUGUGCCAUUUGAGUGACUCUCCUUUAAUAAAUUACAGCACAAGAAAUCAUGUAGUUUUAGUAUGUUAAAGCAAACGUGUGACGAAAGGAGGGGCUUGUUUGUAUUCAGAAGCAAAGCACAGUCUUGUUGUACCCACAGUACAUGUGUGAGUCAUGUUGCAAGUCACAUUCCUUCCUCGCAGAUUGAAGGUUUUGUUGCACAUUAAUGUGUUUUUAUGUCAAAUGAUGGUGUUCGAGAAAUAACCUUGUAGAGUUUAAAAAAAAGGGAGGAUUUUUUUUAUCCUGUAAGAGCUUUGUUUUUAGUAGAAUAUACAAAAAAAGUUCAGGAGCUGCUAUAAAAAAGGAUUGGUGAUUUUAGUCAUGGAAACCAAGUAACAUAGUCACUCUUGUCUUGUGUUGACUGAAGGUUAGCGUUUUGUCUCAUCCCAAAUUGAAUCUCGCUCCAGCGUCUGAGAUUGCAUGUUGCAAAUCACGAGGUGACUCCAGCAAAGGAAAAGCUGCCAGAGCGUUUUCAGUCUGUGUGAAUAAAGUAGGUGAUAGGAGAGAUGACACUGCCAAACUGUUGCUUCUAUGUUUUGUUUAUUUCACUAAACCACUACAAAGCUAAACUUUUUAAUAAAGGAAGGAGCCGCAUAGUUAACGUCUUUUUAUCUUAACAAAUGGCCUUGACCCGCUUGCUCUAGUUUUCCCCCUAGAGAGCUGAAGCAAAUAUAAUUGGUCCCUACGGAUCAUCGGCUGUUCGAUUUCUGUGCUGUACAUAAUGUUAAUACACCCCGGAUGUUCAACAAGAAGCCCACCAACAUACAGCCACCCAGUCACCCACUUUCUCUCACUCAUCAGAGCUCAUGGCCAUGGGGAGGAGCCGUGAUUUUUUGAAAACAAUGUGCAAUUAUUGUAAGAAGAGCAUAGUGUUUGUGCAGACUGAUGUAUGUGAGUGAGGUUUUGUAAAAGUAAUACAUCUAAUUUCAAUAAAAUUGGUCAGUAU